UUUUGGUUUAUUAUUCUGUUCUUAGUAUGUGCCUCAGUGUCGGUUCCACUCAAAAAUAAAUCAUACCGCCGUGUGUAAGUGAGACGAUACUGAUUAAAAUGGAAAAGAAGGCGCGUUCCAUCCGAUUAUUGAAUAUUGCAAAUGGUGACGAAACCCUCUACGAUGAGUUACAUGCGAGAUCGGCUGUGCAGAAUAAAGUGUGUACUCCACUCGUAUGUCUGUCAAGCGCGUUGAAUAACAGCGGAAAAGGUGUGAACAAGGUACGACGUAAUGAUGAUUUGUUACAACACGCUCAAGACUUUCUGGACCAAUACUUUACUUCAACAAAAAAAGCAAAUACACCGGAACAUCUUUCGCGAAUUGACCAAGUAAAAAAAGAAAUCGAGGCAACGGGAACCUAUCAACUUACCGAAACGGAGCUCAUUUACGGUGCAAAACUUGCAUGGAGGAAUUCAGUUAGGUGCAUAGGGCGCAUUCAAUGGACCAGAUUGCAGGUAUUUGACUGCCGUUCUGUGACAACGACGAGUGGUAUGUUCUACGCAUUAUGCGGCCAUAUCAAAUAUGCAUCAAAUAAUGGUAAGAUUAGGUCCGCUAUUACCAUCUUUCCCCAACGCACGGACGGAAAACACGAUUACAGAAUAUGGAACACCCAAUUAAUUAGCUACGCUGGUUACAAGCAACAGAAUGGGAAGAUCAUCGGUGAUCCCAUGCACGUAGAGUUUACCGAGCUCUGUACAAAAUUGGGAUGGCGCGGAAAAGGUACCCCGUUUGAUAUUCUCCCGCUGGUACUGUCGGCCAACGGUCACGAUCCCGAUUAUUUCAAUAUUCCGAAGGAGAUCAUUUUAGAAGUGCCUUUAAAGCAUCCUUCGUUUGAUUGGUUCGAGCAGCUUGGGUUGAAAUGGUACUCCCCGCCGGCGGUAUCGAACAUGAUGUUUGACUGCGGUGGUCUACAAUUUACUGCUGCUCCAUUUAACGGAUGGUACAUGAGUGCCGAAAUUGGGUGCCGAAAUCUCUGUGACACAUACCGUUUAAAUAUGCUUGAGACUGUAGCAUUGGCGAUGGGCUUAGACACCAACACUACCACCUCGUUAUGGAAAGAUAAAGCGAUGGUGGAGUGCAACAUAGCCGUUUUGUACAGCUUUCAGUUAAAGGGGGUCACGAUUGUUGACCAUCACGCGGCAUCGGAGUCAUUCAUGAAGCAUCUUGAAAAUGAAACGCGUCUACGUCGGGGUUGUCCUGCGGAUUGGGUUUGGAUAGUACCACCGAUGUCAGGUUCUGCUACUCCGGUGUUUCAUCAAGAGAUGGCUGUGUACCAUCUAAAACCGAACUAUACAUAUCAGGAACCUGCAUGGAAAACCCACAUUUGGAAAAAAGGUGCAGCAGCAAACAAUUCCACCAAACCGAAAAGGAAGUUCCGCUUCACACAAAUCGCCAGAGCGGCAAAAUUUGCCUCCAAGCUAUUUGAAAGAGCUUUAUCACGUCGUAUCAAGGCGACAGUCUUAUACGCAACAGAGACCGGUAAGUCUGAAAAUUACGCGAAGAAGUUAUGCGAGCUGUUCAGUUACGCGUUUAACGCGCAAGUUUAUUCUAUGUCGGACUAUGAUAUAUCAAAUAUAGAACAUGAAUCGUUACUUUUGGUGGUUACUUCGACGUUCGGUAAUGGUGAACCACCAGAAAUCGGCGUGCAAUUUGCAAGAGAUCUGUACAACAUGAAGGUGCGAUAUAUUUCACAAAUCCAAGAAAAUAAUUCGGCAUCAUCAAUAUCUGUCUUCAAAAUGAUUCAGUGUGACAAUUUAAAAAAGCUACAGAGUAAAAACCUCUUUGGUCCGCUCAGCAAUAUGAUAUUUGCCGUGUUUGCACUUGGAUCCACUGCUUAUCCAAAGUUUGCAGCCUUUGGAAAAUCCGUUGAUAGCCUCUUGGGAGAACUUGGCGGAGUAAGACUAAUGGAAGUGGUGACGGGGGAUGAAUUGGCCGAUCAAGACAACAGCUUUAAAAAGUGGGCGCCUGACGUAUUUAAGCUGGCGUGCGACACAUUUUGUCUAGACCAAGACGAAUCUGUCCAUGAAGCUACCUCACAGUUCAAACCAGAAACUUUAUCAAAUGCCACAGUACGAUUUGUAGAGGCAAAAGAAGAAUCGAUAGAGGCGUCGCUAACAAAUUACCACAAUACACAGGUUUCCGCCGGCGUGUUAGUCAACCGUACAAAGCUGUCCGGAGAGAAAUCGACACAAGCUACAUUUCUAUUGGAAAUAGAAACACCCCUAGCUUACCGAACGGGUGAUCACGUGAGAGUUUAUCCGAUCAAUAAUCCAGAUUUGGUAGACAAAAUCAUUCAACGGCUCACUGGCGUUGAAGACCCGGACAAAGUAACUCAGCUGCAGAUUUUAAAAGAACUUCAGACUUCUAAAGGGGAUGUAAAAUCUUGGGUCCCAUACAAAAAGCUACCAAACUGUUCUUUGCGGCAAUUACUAUCCCGAUUCUUAGAUAUAACUACGCCACCAUCGUCUUUUCUGUUGCAAUAUUUUGCUUCGAUUGCCACAGCGAAGAUGGACCAGGAGAAGCUAGCCGUUUUGACCACAGAUCCGGCAUCUUAUGAGAGCUGGAAAAAUUGGCGCUUUCCACAUUUAUUAGAGGUUCUAGAAGAAUUUCCUUCAGUGAGACCGUAUGCUCCCCUACUGAUUACUCGGCUCCAUAUUUUGCAACCACGCCUUUAUUCAAUAUCUUCCAGUCCAUCAGUCCAUCCGAAUCAAAUUCACGCAACGGUUGCUGAUGUGGUUUACCGAACAGAAGGUGGCAACGGCCCUGUACAUUAUGGGGUGUGUUCCAAUUAUUUUCAGAAUUUGCAAAUUUCCGAACAGUUACACAUUUCUGUGAGAAGUGCUCCGCAUUUCUACCUUCCAGAAGAUAUAUCGUUACCAGUAAUACUAGUAGGACCAGGAACGGGUAUAGCCCCAUUUAGAGCAUUUUGGCAGCAAAGAUGGUCAGAAAGUAAAAUCGCAGGGAAAGCGUGGUUAUUCUUUGGAUGCCGUUACAAAGAGUUAGAUUUGUACCGUGAUGACAAGGCUGAGAUGGUAGAAUUAGGUGUACUUCAUAGAGUGUUCUUAGCAUUAUCACGUGAACCUUACACUAAAAAGACUUACGUUCAGGAUUUAAUGGUAGAAGUGGGCGAUGAAAUAUACCGCAUGUUAGUACUAGAAAAAGGCCACGUUUACGUUUGUGGGGAUUCCGUAAUGGCUGAAGGUGUUAAUCAAACUCUAAAAACAAUUAUUCAGCGCCAUGGAGGGCAAAUCGAUGCUGAUGCUUAUAUGCUUACUCUCAAGGAUCAAAAUCGGUAUCAUGAAGAUGUCUUUGGGAUUACUUUACGAACGGCCGAGAAACUAAACAAAUUCGGAAAAUCUGCAUGAAUUCGGCUGCCAUCGCGCUAGCAUUUUCUAAUUGUCAGAAUCUAUUCUGAAAGUAGGUACUUAUUAUUAUUAACCAAAAUCUGUGAAAAGCCAAAAUGUUUCAUAUAAUCAUCUUUCUUUGCAAAAAGUUGCUAUUCACAACACUAUUAUAAUAUUUAGACGCAAUAAAUAUACAUAACUCAA